AGAAUUCCCUUCACCGGAACUAAGGGGCCAAGCCCAACCCCUGAGAAACAACCUCACACCAUAAUCCCCCCCCCCCCCCCCCCUCCACCAAACUUUACUCUUCGCACAAUGCAGUCAGGUAAGUACUGUUCUCCUGGCAACCACCAAACCCAGACACAUCCAUUGGAUUUCCAGACAAGGAAGUGUUAUUGGUCACUCCAGAGAACACAUCUCCACUGCUCUAGAGUCUGGUGGGGGUGUGCUUUUAUACCACUGCAUCUGACGCUUUGCAUUGCACUUGAUGAUGGAGGCUUGGAUGUAGCUGUUCGACCAUGGAAACCCAUUCCAUGAAGCUCUCUAUGCACUGUUGUUGUGGUAAUCUGAAGGCCACACAAAUUUUGGCAGGUCUUUAGCUAUUGACUCUGCAGACAGUUGGCGACUUCUGCGUACUGUGUGCUUCAGCAUGCGCUGACCCGCUCUGUCAUUUUACGUGGCCUGCCACUUUGUUGCUGAGUUGCUGUUGUUCCUAGUUGCUUCCGCUUUGUUAUAAUACCACUAACAAGUUGACCAUGGAAUAUUUAGUAGCAAGAAAAUUUUGGCAGAUAGGUUGCCACCUGUGCAAUAGGUCUAUCACAGUACCACGCUUGGAUUCACUGAGCUCCUGAGAGCGACCCAUUCUUUCACAAAUGUUUGUAGAAGCAGUGUGCAUGCCUAGGUGCUUGAUUUUAUACACCUGUGGCCAAGGAGGCGAUUAGAACACCUGAAUCCAGUGAUUUGGAGGGGUAUCCCAAUACUUUUGGCAAUAUAUUGUGUG